GUCACAUCCGGCAGACGCCAUGUUGAGAUGAUAUUUUUUGGAAAUGGAGAACAAAAAUUCAACCAAUUUGCUGUAAAUUUGGAAAUUUACUAAAAUCCUAAAAUGAACCCGGCCCACUUUCCCGGGCUGAUGCCAAUGAUGAUGCCCCAGCAGAUCGGUGGUCAGCAGUACAUGAUGGCCGUACGGGUCCCAGGUGCUGGAGGCAUUCCCCAGCCUGGACAGCAGAUAAUUGGACAUCCUGCUUCUGCUGGCAUGCAGGGACUGCAGAUGCAAAAUAUGGCGGGCCUACAAGGUUUUCCCUUUGGAGCCGGUCAGCACCAGAUGAUCCCUGCAGGACACCUGGCUGGGGGUGCUGCACCCUCCCCCCAGGCGGCUGCUCUAGGGGCAUUACAGUCCCCCACUCCCACAUCAUCCGUAGCCAUGGCAACCUCUGCCGCCUCAUUGACACCCUCUAUGAUGUCCAUGGCUACAAGUAUGCAACACCCAAUGAUGUCCAUGGCUUCUAGUAUGCACAGUCAACAGGCUCAGCUUGUUGCUGCCAAUGCAGGUUUGCCUGCCAGUAUGCUGGCCCAGUAUGGUAUACCUGCAGGCAUGCAUGCAUUUCCCUCUGUGUCAAUGGCGGGCGGUGGGAUGGCUGGGCUUGUAUCUGCAGGCCAACCUAUGACAGCAGGACAGAUGGUCAUGGCGGGUGGACAGAUCCCAGGACUGCCUGAAUGGCCCUCUGCUGCAGGAGCUCAAGUUGCCACAGUCGGAGGUCAGCAAGCAAUGCAGCUAGCCACAGGCAUUGCACCCAGUGCCUACAGUCAGCAAGUCGCCUCUCUUGCAAGCGCCCAGCUGGCUGGGCUACAGGCACAACAGAUGGCUGCUGGUUUGCCAGCUCAUAUGACUGCUGGCUUGCCAGCCCACAUGGCUCAGUAUGGCUCCCAGCUCCAGGCGGCUGGUCUCGCGGGGCUCCAGAUGGCAGUCUCACCCCACCAGUCACUGCCCGCCCAGCCUACUCCGCCCCCUCAGUCGACCACACCAGACAGUAAGAAGAAAUUGCAGCAGGAGCUGGCUGCUCAGGGAAUGCAGGGACUCCUUGCUGGCUAUGGCGGGUAUGCGGUGGAGCAAGCAGGAGCCACCAGCCAGUUCCCAGAGCAGGACAGCAGUGAGGAUAGUGUCGUCAUGCUCGAUGAUUAUAACUCUGACCUCAACCUGGUCAUCGAUGAAAAUGGGUAUGAUGCCCAGCCCCUGGUGCAGCCUCCUGGGUUCUGUUUCUGCUGGUCAGGCGUACGGUGUACCCACGGGGUUUUCCGGGGCAAGGCCUACUAUGAGUGUAAGCUGACAGAGAACCUGGAGGUGGAUUUUGGGGAUGACCACCAGGAAGCAGAUCCCCACAUUCUCCGUGUGGGCUGGUCCUAUGAUAACACCUCCUUCCAGCUUGGUGAAGAGCCGAACUCGUUUGGCUAUGGUGGUACAAGCCGGUUUUCAACCAACAGCAAAUUUGUCAGCUACGGAGAGAAGUUUGGAGUUGGCGAUGUGAUUGGCUGUCUGCUCGACCUUGACUCCAGGCCUCCCAACAUGUCAUAUGCAAAGAAUGGUCGCUGGCUCGGAGUUGCUCAUCCACUCAGGAAUUAUGUGCCUGGGAAGAAGGACCAGGCUUUGUUUCCACACAUACUGACCAAGAACGUCCGAUUUGAGGUGAACUUUGGUCAGCAAGCCCCCUGGUUUCCCCCAGCCCCUGGAUUCCUGUACAUUAUGCAGUUCCCACAGCAGGAGAGGGUCCGCGGCCUUAAACCACCCGCAACCAAGUCCUCAUGUGAGAUGAUAAUGAUCAUAGGCCUACCAGGCUCUGGUAAGACAACAUGGGGCAUCAACAAAGCCAAACAGAACCCAGAAAUGCGCUACAACAUUAUCGGCACAGACACUCUCAUUGACAAGAUGAAGGUUAUGGGUCUGCCGAGGAAGAACAACUAUCAUGGUCGCUGGGACGUGCUCAUUGAUAAGGCUUCAAAAUGCCUCAACAAGCUCUUUGAGAUUGCCAGCAAGAAAAAGAGGAAUCUAAUCUUAGACCAGACAAAUGUGUAUCCCUCUGCACGCCGACGGAAGAUGCGCAAUUUCAAGGGUUUUAUCCGUAGAGCAGCGAUUCUUGUCCCGGAUGAUAAUGAACUGAAGAGAAGAUCGGAUAAACGCACAUACGAAGAUGGAAAGUACGUGCCCGAGGAAGCUGUACUGGACAUGAAGGCAAACUUCAAGCUGCCACCAGAAAAUGAUGAAAACUUUGACUACAUCGAGUUCAUAGAACAACCUAGAGAGAAAGUCCAGCCACUAGUUGAUCAGUACAACCUUGAAGGGCAGAGCAAGCGUCCACAGGCUGUCAAGUCCAAUUUCCGUGGCAACCAGACAGACAACAGAUUUAAACCACCUGCAGAUUUGAAACAGCAGGCAACCCAGCCUACAGGGGCUUUACAAGGGACCCAAGGGUCUCAGGGCCAGCGGGUCCCGCCCCCUCCCCCUCCCCCAGACCAAUUUGGGGCCCAGAGGGGAGGAGGAGGUGAGCCCUCAGAGAAGCGUGCUAGGUUUGACCCCUCGGGAGGCAGUGCCCUGGACUUCAUUAAGCAAGAAUACAGCAGUGGUGAAGCUGAGCAACAAGAACUCGACAGAAAGGAUGCUGUGUUUUCUGGCGCAAUUAGUUUAGAGCAGCUUCAGGGCCUGAGGCAACAAGUGGCCAGCUCACAGCUUCAAGAGCAGUUUGCAGGCAGGGGGCUCAUUGCCGUUGGUCCCCAGCAUUUUCUGGGAGGCCUACAGCCUGGCCUGCAACCUGGUCUACAGCCUGGUCUACAGCCUGGUCUACAACCAGGUCUACAGCCAGGUCAGGGUCUUCUAGGGGAGUAUGGGAGUCAACAGAAUGAGCAGCUUGCUGCUAUCGCAUAUGGUGCACAGACCGCCUUUGUGGGUGGGUUUAAUCCUCAGCCAGGGUUGAUUAAGCAAGAGCCUUUGUCCGGGGCACAGGCAGCUGCCCAGUUGCAGGCUCAGCUGAGGCCACAGAUAAGUCAAAGUCAGAUACUGCAACAGAUGGGGUUAAGUCCGAGUCCUAAUCAAGCUGCAGCUGAAAGGGGUCUGCAGAUCUUGAGUCAGAAUAGAAAUCAAGGGCAGGGUAGUAGGCCAAACUCAGGAUUUGGGGGAGCUAGGAUUCUGACACCACCAACUUCUAGGUCAAAUCAGGUGCCAUCUUUUCAGCAUCAAAAUAUUGGGGCUGGGAAUAACUUUAAUCAUGAUCAACAAAGUGAAGAAGAUAAGCAAAUUAAAAGGGAACGAAAAAGGCCGUCUAAAUGGGAUACUCCUGAUGAAAAAGAGGAGUCAAGUGCACCAGAAAAUGGGCACGAAGAAUUCCAAAAUGCUUUAUCAAACUUAAGAAACAAACUUGCAAGUCAAGACAAUGGGCAACAGAAUCAGGGUGAGAAGUCCGGUGCAAAUAUAGAAGGUGGAAAUCCACCAAGUGGUAAUCCACCUGGUAUGAACAUGCCUGGUCCUCCAAAGGGUGGCCCGGGCAUGCCUGGAAUGAUGGGCCCAGGUCCUGGACCAAGGGGCCCUCCGCCUGGCCAUAUGGGCCCAAGGGGAAUGAACCCGCGUGGUCCACCUGGGAACUUCAAUGGUCCCCCUCCAUUCGGGCAGCCAGGUCCCCCAAGGGGACCUCGGGGGCCUGGAAUGGAUGGACCUCCACCUUUUGGUCCUAGAGGCAGAGGGAACUUCAACGAGCGGGGCCCACCUCCAGGCAGUAGGGGCCCUCCCCCAAGGCCACCAUUUGGCCCUCGAGGGGAUGGAGAUGGUCCUGGUCCUCGGGGACCUGGCUCUCGUGGCCCUCCCCCUGGGGGCCCUGGUUGGCAACCGCGCCCUGGAGGUCCCCCUGGUCCUGGAGGCCCGCCACGGGGUUUCAAUCCACGUAUGGGUGGGCCACCUGGGCCGAGGGGACCCUUCCCUGGGCCUCCAGGCCGGUUUAAUAGGCCACCUGGACAUAUGGGAAUGAAUAGGUUCAACAGGCCUCCUGUGUGAAGACUUGUACAUCCCGUGUCUCAUGUGGAAAUGUAGUUAUUGUUUUUCAUUUUUAUGAAUAUCCAUGUUUAUAUCUAUAAUUCUUUUAAUAAAUUAUUGUUCAGAAAUGAUGUUUUUUAUGAAAUGGAAUUUUACAUUUAGAUUUUGUGUGGAUUUUCUAAAACGUAUUAAUCAGAUGCUUCAAAAACCAUUUAGGUAGUUCUGUGUCAACUACAGUUCAUUUCUUGGUUGAUUAAACUUACAAGUUGAAACUUAUUAUAGUUGAACCAUUUAGCUUUUAAAAGAUAAUAAAGGCACCAUUUUUUCACAGAAAAGCGAAUACCACCAAACUGUGCAAUCGUGAUAUAAGAUUUAUAACCAAAAAGUAGUCUCAAUAGAGGUGAACUUUGAAAAGAAGAAAAGUAACUUUAUUUUUACAAACUUUCUUUGAGGUGUAUAUAAUGACUUGGCAAUGCUGGAAUCCUGUUCGUGACAAUCUUUUCAAACGUGGUGGAAUGCUGAAAUCGACAUAAAUGACAAAAUGUCAAAUUCCAGAGAAAUACGAGAUUGUUAAAAAGAACUUCUUUAAGAUGCACAACAAUAGUUUUGUUUCGCUUUCCUCUGUUCUUAUUCAAAUGACUGCAUACCAUGUAUUCACAUCUGCUUCAUGAUAAAACUAUUUUCUGGUUUAAUACAUGUAUUGUGUUUUAUAUAUUCCGAUACAAUGCAUUGUCUUUUAAAUGAUAAGCAUAAUUAUGAAAAUAUUUCACUUUGUAUUUUGUGCUGAUGAAUGUAAUGUUCUUGUAAAUUGUUGUUUGUUAGAUAAAAUAAAUCAUGGGACAUUUUAA